CGCCUCACGCCGUUGCCCGGCAGCGGCCCCGCUCCGAGCCCCGCGGCGCCGGGAGAGGCCCCGCUCCGGCUCACCGAACGAUGGAAGACAUUGAAACGGUGGGACAGCUCCGGGAGGAGCUGCGGAAAGCCAGGGAUGACCACAACAUGGCCUUAGGUGCCAUUACUUCCUUGCAAAGACAGAUGGAGGUCCAAGAAUCCGAGCUUCGGAGAAUCAGAUCUGAAAGGGAAGUGCUCCAGAAGCAGCUCACAGAGAGAGAAUUCCAGCUCCAGGAUGCGUAUGACAAGUUUUGGGCCGCGACAGAAGGACAGAUGCCGGAAAAAAUGACAGUGAUUACGGAAGAGGAGUACCAGAGGCUUCUCCAGCUUAUUGCAGACCAGGAAUCGCAGCUGGAUGAGCAGAGCAAGCUGAUCAGUGAGYUACAGAAGACCAUCAGCCAGCUACAGGCUGAGGCUGUGACCAACCGCCUCCACCUCCUGGAGCAGAAACAGACCCAGAGGGAGAUCCAGAGACAGGCUGAGGAACURGAGCAAAAGGAGCUGCAAGCCAGAGUGGCACUGGAGUGCAUGAGCACCAAGUCUGAAAGGUUUCGAAACAGAAUAAUCCAGGCUACGUUCAGCACAGAGGGCAGCCACGACCCCCAGACUGAGCUCACAGACGACGAGGUGCUGGAGGCAGUACAGAAAAUCAUUUGUGAGCGGACGGAGUUCCAGCACAAGCUCCACCCGAGGAACAGGGGUAGCAGGAUGUCACUGCUCAGCAGCAGUGACAGCCGCCUGCCAUCACCUGCCACRGCAAGGAAAAGGAGCUCUAGCAAGCUAGCCUGAUGGCUGAGCCAGAACCCAUCACCAGCCUCGGGCUUCUUGGCUCUGAGCUGGCUCCUUGCAACAAAUUAAACUUAUUUUACUGAAAUCAGGUUC